CCCCUCCAACCCCUUCUCCGAUACCCCCAAACCCCUCGAUAAACCCGAGUCCGGCCCUCAACUUCGGAGGCGUCCUCUUCCCCAGGACUCACAACAAUCGGAGCCCAAAAUCGCCGCCACCUCCUCCUACAAUCGGAACUCCAGUCCACCCCGCCGGGCCUCCCCUCCACUACGCAGUUAUAUGGGCUGAUUGUUUUGAAAAAUAAACCUCAAGAAAAAGAUAAGGAGGUUCCUGUGACCAGUAUCUCGUUGCGAGCGAGAUUCGAGCCUCCUAGUCAUCACUCAUCGAACACCAUUUUGAGGAAAGGAGGAAAGAUCUUCUGACCUCUUAAGAGAUCAGGGAUGCCUCCGAUUGCGGCAGACAAGGAAGAGUUAGAUAGGCUGUAUAACCUCGUGGCUGGAUCUGUCGUUCUACUUCUUCGGUCCAAAGAUGGUGACUCCGUUGAUUUUGGCACCGGAAUUGUCCUUUUUUCGGAUGAAAGUAGAGCAUUGAUUGGCGUAGAUAAUUCUCAAAUCAAGGAUGGCGAGACUAUUACAGUUCGGUUCCAUGACAGUACACAAAGCGUUGCGAGUGUCUUUUUGAAAAAGACAACACAAAAGCACGCGGUUCUACUAGUGUAUUCCACUGCUCGCCCUCCUCCUGUCAGGUUCAAUGUGUCUCCAACCACGAGGCAAGAUAUUUUCAUGCUUGGUGUGGUGGAAAAGGAUGAGACACUUGGUUUGAUGACUGGAACUGUCGGCAAUCCGAACUGCAGAGCUGUUGAUAGGGCAAGGAAUCAUAUUUAUCGAAGCGAGAGUACAUUUGCAGUGAGUUGCCCCAUGUCAGGACGAAGUUUGGUUCCAAACGAUAAGGAAAAGAUUGAAGAAACCAAGGAGAUUACGCAAUUGAUUGGAGCGCCCGUGUUUGACAUGAGUGGUUUGGUUAUUGGUACAAUCGAUUGUGCUGAUCCGGAUUCGUAUAAUCUGAAAUUUGCAAUUAAAACCAAUUUUUUUCUGGAUAAGCUGGAAAAGUUUUUAAAGGAUAAGGAUGAGCAGAUUUAUCUUUCAAGGGGUGAGGAAGGCACUGGAACGAGCGGGCAGGGUAGUUCCACUUCAGCACCGGAGAGUAAAAAGAGGGAACGUGCAGAUUCACCUCCAAGUGAUACGAGGAAAGGAAAAAGUUUAUGCAUGGAUCAACUUGAAGCUAACAUGGCGGUGGUCAGUGAAGAGCAGCUAAGGUUACACAAGUCUCCGGGCCAAGUUGAGAUGGAUUUUGGAAGACGAGAAGCAACGCAACGGGCGCUCAUGAGGCUUGUUACCCCAGAAUCUGAUGAUGAAUGGAGGAGCUCCCCAUCUUCAUCAGGUUUGCAGAGAGAGGAGGACAAAGCUGCUUUGAAGGAUGGUGGUUCCAAGCUGAUGCAGAACGAAGCCCUGUGUUGAUGCAUUGUGAGGCAGGUAGAUCUUCUGCUGACAAUCAAGCAUAGCCUGAUGAUAGUGGACUGCUGUUGCUUAAGGGAGCCUGAGUCCUGGCCCGUCAUAUGCUGCUGCUUGUUCCUGUACUGGUAGCUCUCUUCAGAUGCUGUUGAAGUAGUGCUAAUAGGGGCUAAGAUAUGUUUUGAGUGUGAGAAUCUCCAGCUGGUUUCCAUAGUGUGCCAACUUGCUCUCCUCCUUGCAUGUCUCCUGUAAUGAACUUUUUUUUUGGUUAAGAAAUUAACGGAAAGGGGGUUAAGCCGGUUGGUUAGA